AUGCCCUUCACAAUUCCUACACCAUCUUUCCUUAGGAGAAGUGGUUCUUCAAGCUCCCUCAGCUCACCCAAAAAAAACAAGAGCCAUAAGAUUAAGAUUAACGUCGAAACUGCCACCCAGCAGCAACAGCCAUCUCCUUCCCCAUCGCCAACAAAUUCAGAGUUAUCAUCUUCUACUUCGUUGUUCACAAAGGGAGCAGUGAAAUCCAACCAGUCCAAUAGCUCCAACUCCAACUUAAAUGUCUUUCCCAAACAAAGGGAGGCCAUUACCCCUCCCCCACUUUCGAUCCCAAAGUUGAAUACCAGUAACCUUAGUGGCAGUGGAAGCAGCAAUACCACCAAGUUCCCACUGUCUCCUCGAAGCCGACAAUUAAGUGACAGGGUAAGGGCUGCGCCUUCUUCCCUUGUCCGUCAACUGAGAAGUUACUCCAAUUCCAUUAAUUCAUUCUCCUAUAUGAACGAUAACUCAGACCCCAACCUUAGCUCGCCCAAGAAGUUCAAGCUGCACCAGCUGCACUCACAGUCUCCCAGAAAGGUAUCUGGCCACGAAUUGAUAAAAUCCAACAAGCAAAUGAUGGAUACCUUACCUCCUGAAUUACAACCAGUGGUGACCCUUAUCAAUGCUCAGAAGCUUCGUACAUACGCUGUGGGGACAUUCCAAGUCCCUGGCAUUGAUGAACAUGGCCAAAGAGUUUGGAUCGAAGUUGAAGGUAAAUUAACGGGUAACGAGUUGGCAAUAUGGAGACCUUCUGAAGAAGAAUUUCUAGUAGAUAUGGCCGAUGAGUUCAAGCCAAGGUAUAUUAACUUAACAGACGUUAAAUUAGAAUGGGGUGCCAAGGAUUAUGAAUACGACUUGAAGAUUUCUCAGACUUUCGAUGAAGCAUUCUUGAUCAAAUUUAAUGAGCCAGAAGACCUAAAUGUAUGGUCUGCAGCCAUAUGUUUGUCGAACUUGGAGUACACCUCUUUAAACGAGGCAUUCACUGCGGUAAUUUUGUCCUUAAAGGGGAGUAAAUUAUCAGAUAUUCACAUUUUACUUUCGCAAAAGAAAAGAUUUGCAAAGAAUGAAUGGUGUAACUUAAGAAUUCCUCAGAUUUCAUCCAAGUGGCUCAAAUUGUACGUUUCUAUUAUCCCACAGGAAGGAAAGAAAAAGAAUGGUAGAAUUGAAAUCUACUUGAAUGAGAAGAUGUCUAAGAAAAACUUGAUCUUGUACGUGAGCAAGUUGCACGAUGUCUACAAUGUGUAUCCAGAACAACCAAAUAUGAUUGACUUCAAUACAAUUAUGAAAUUGGAUGGGGAAAUCCAUAUAAAUAAGAAUUUCCAAUAUUUAUUUGAAAAGAACUCAGCUGCGAACAUUGAUGCACUUAGCCCACCAUCGAGAGUUUCAUCUUUUGCUUUUAAAUCACACUCGAGAACCGGGUCAGGUAGCUCUUUUAGUUCUGUAGGUGGAUUCCCCAGAUCUACGACAACUUCGUCAUUCUUCAGCAAUGCUCCAUCUCCAACUAAGGAGCUGUUUGCACCUUCUUCUCCAAGCUCAGGACUUUUCAAAAAGGCCGAUUUGAGCAGCAAGUAUGCAGUUACCAACUGCCUUUACUUGAUGCCUGUCACUCAUCCAGGUGUCUCUGGUAUGGAAACGAUGAUCAGAAAUUUCAUCGAUAUAAUAGAUGCAUUUAAAUUGUUUGGGAGACCAAGUCAUUUAUAUUCAGACAAGACUGACAAGAGAAGUAUGUUAUUUGCCCUCCCAUCAUUACCCCAUUAUAAGUAUUUGUCGAUGGAGGAGGCAGUACAGAUUGUAAAGAAGUCAUUUAAAGUAGCAUCUCAAGAGAAUUGGGAAGGUCACGAGUGGAGAAACGCAUUCAAAUCAUUUAUCAACGAUUUGCAGUUGACGAAUGGUUUCAAGGGCCAUGGUGAUCUCUACAGGUUAUACGAAUCCUUUGACAAUUUACAGAUUGAUGAUGUAGAUUAUGGCAUUUCUAGCGUUAUGGGAUCUCCACAAAUUAAGUUACCGAACUCACUGGUAAUGCCUGAAUUCGAAACGGGCUCAGAUGAAAAUGUCACUUCACCUCAUCCUUUAGCAAAUCAACAAGAUAGAGACCUGAUCAUUGAUACAUAUCUUAGUGAACCUACAUACUCUCUUCAGAAUUCCGGAGGCAGUGGAACUAAUUUGUAUGACGAGCCUAGUUCUGGUUCUGGACUCGGAUCUCCCCUUGAAUUUUCUGAAAAGUUGAAGGCUGCCGCUCAUAAGGCUUCUUCAACAAACAUUGCAGCUCAAGCCCAAGCUGGCUCUGAACAUCCAUACUACUAUAUGGUUAACCAAUCAGCAGAGCUCAACAAGGUGUAG